AUGCUAGACAGGGAUUAUUUUAGAGAAACUUCUUGUAGGCUUCCAAUUAAUUUUGAAAUAAUUAAAGGCUAUAAUCAACAAUCAUUUCCACAUCAAAUACAACCACCAAAUUUCGGCACAUUUCAUACUCAGUAUUCGCAAUUACAUCAUUUUCCCCAGGGAUUUGGUCAUGUCCACCCAUCAUAUCUAACCCAAAGUCAGAUAGCCACGGAUCAAUCUAGUCCAUCUUCCCUAGGAUCGGGGCCUUCUUUCCCGACAAUCGAGGACUUUAACAAGAGUUUAAAUAAGUGA